AUGGCUAAUUCCUCUGGAACCCUUCCUACUGAAGCUGAAUACAAAUUCCUGGGGGAGAUGUAUGGCCUCUCUCCAGCGGAUGGGGUUGAGUUCCCAUCACCUGGCUCAUCCAUUAUGUCUCCUCCUCCUGGCAAGGUGGGGGUCUAUUUUAAGACCCUUUUCGUCGGACUAUUCCUUAACCUUACCGAUUUCCAGGAGGAGGUCCUGCAGAAGGACGGUUGUAGCAUCCGGAUAUUGACUCCUAACAUCAUGAAUAAGGUAGUGGCGUUUGAGAUGUUAUGUCGUGCCAAUGGCGUUCUCCCUGACUACUUCAUCUUUAAGUACUUUUAUAGUGGAUGGUAUCGUGCUAACUCCUUUUCCAACACUACUCCCAAAGUGUUCCUGCACAACCAAGGUGUUGAUGACCUCCUGAAGAACAUCCAGCUCUCCCCUGAGGACUACUCUGAGGCACUGCUGGUCGGCAUGGGAAUGAGUCCUUCCUGGAGGCGGCGUGGGAAGAAAGGGUUCUUCUACACCAUUGUCGAUGGUGUUGAAUCCUCCCUGUCCAUGGAUGAGGUGCUAAGAAAGCGCUGCCGCGGGAAGCUGGAGCACCGAAAUGUGGAUUUGGUCGAUCGUCUUCCUCCGCCGCAUCGCCUUGACUAA